AUGUUCAUCCAGGCUGGAUCCUAUCCCCUGAACGUUACGCAGAACCUGACCAACUUGCUGGUGAACCUGGACAAGAUCACGCGGACUGCUCCUGCCUACGACGCCUCUGCCGCUAAGAACUCUCUCGGAGGCAGCAUGGGGAUCCUGACCAACCUGCUGGAGCCCUAUCUUAAGACUCAGGCUGGGCAGGAAUUCUUCAAGGACGUGCGAGUCGACAAGGUUCUCCAAUCCCUGCUCAAAGAGUGGACAGUCUACUUGAACUCCCCGGAGUCCGCCAGCGUCCUCACCGACGAAGAAGCAGGGUGGUUCAGCGACGCGGCUCUCCCUGAGGGGCGGGAUACCUUCUUCCGUCGGUACAAGUGUGAGCCCAACGACAUCCACUACGGCUACCAGUCCUGGGACCAGUUCUUCACACGCGAGUUCCGGGAUGGCGUGCGGCCCGUCGCGGGCCCGGACGACGACAAUGUCAUCACGGCCGCCUGCGAGUCGAUUAAGGUCGUCUUCGAGCCGGACGUCCAACUCUCCGACACCUUCGACAUCAAGGGUCGCAAGUAUUCGCUCAGCACGAUGCUCGACGACGAGUACCUCGCCGGGAAAUUCGGCGGCGGCAAGCUCUACCAGGGCUACCUGAGCGCGACGAACUACCACCGCUGGCACGCGCCGGUCUCCGGCACCGUCAUCUCUUCGCAUGUCAUCGGGGGCGCGUACUUCGCCUCCGGGCCGAACCCAGCCUUCUACGCCUCUCCCUUCACGGAUCAGAUUGAGUGCGAGGUCGGGGCGGCGCUGCACGAGGCCACCCGGUGCGUCAUCGUGAUCGACAGCGGCAAUCUGGGCCACGUCGCGUGCGUCUUCGCCGGCAUGCGGGAGCGCGGCUCCUGCGAGCCCACGGUGCAGGUUGGCGACGAUGUGAGCAAGGGCGAUCAACUUGGGAUGUUCCAUUUCGGCGGCAGCACGCAUUGUCUGAUUUUCGGUCCGCAAGUCAAGCUCUCGAUGGCGGACCUGCCGUCCGAUCAGAAUGUCCCAGUGAAUUCGCAGCUGUUCACUGUAGCGUAG